GCAGACCCGGUACUGUUAAGUUUCCUGUGGGGGGCAGUUGUGGGGAGAUGGGGUGCACUCAUUAUUUCCCGCUCUUUCCCUGUGCCCGUGGGCAUUGUUAUCGGUGUGGUCAGGGAGUCUGUCUUGGAUGCAGGGCACGCCCCCUCAGGCCGGUUGGGAUCCUCACCAGGACCCGCGCGGUUAUUUUUUCCUUUGCUGGAUCUGGAGGCAUGGCUGGCAAGAAGCUAAGACGAGUGGGUUUAUCACAGGAUCUGUGUGACCGUCUGCUCAGACACCAGAUUGUUACCUGUCAGGACUUUUUAUGUCUUUCCCCACUGGAGCUUAUGAAGAUGACUGGCCUUAGUUAUGGAGGUGUCCAUGAACUUCUGUAUAUGGUCAGCAGGGCCUGUGCCCCACGGAUGCAAACGGCUUUUGAGAUGAAGACACAAAGGUCUGCUGAUCUCUCACCAGCAUUCUUAUCUACUACCCUCUCAGCUUUGGAUGAAGCCCUGCAUGGUGGUGUGGCUUGCGGGUCCCUCACAGAGAUUACAGGUCCACCAGGUUGUGGAAAAACUCAGUUUUGUAUAAUGAUGAGUGUUUUGGCUACAUUACCCACCAACAUGGGAGGAUUAGAAGGAGCUGUUGCAUACAUUGACACAGAGUCAGCAUUUAGUGCUGAAAGACUGGUUGAGAUAGCAGAAUCCCGUUUUCCCAGAUAUUUUAACACUGAAGAAAAAUUACUUUUGACAAGUAGUAAAGUUCAUCUUUAUCGGGAACUCACCUGUGAUGAAGUACUACAAAGAAUUGAGUCUUUGGAAGAAGAAAUUAUUUCAAAGGGAGUUAAACUUGUGAUUAUUGACUCUGUUGCUUCUGUGGUCAGAAAGGAGUUUGAUACACAACUUCAAGGCAAUUUGAAAGAAAGAAACAAGUUCUUGGCAAGAGAAGCAGCUUUAUUGAAGUAUUUGGCUGAAGAAUUUUCAAUUCCAGUUAUCUUGACGAAUCAAAUUACAACCCAUCUGAGCAGAACCCUCGCUUCUCAGGCAGACCUGGUGUCUCCAGCUGAUGAUUUGUCCCUGUCUGAAGGCACUUCUGCAUCCAGCUGUGUGACAGCUGCUCUAGGAAACACGUGGAGUCACAGUGUGAACACCAGGCUGAUUCUCCAGUACCUUGAUUCAGAGAGAAGACAGAUUCUCAUUGCCAAGUCCCCUCUGGCUCCUUUCACCUCAUUUGUCUACACCAUCAAGGAGGAAGGCCUGGUUCUUCAAGGCUAACAGAGGCCAUAGGGAUCCUGCGGCCUUUGUUUAGAGCUGAUGGAGGCAUGAUUUGUGAAACGAAACAGGACCACGCUGCUUAAAAGAAGGAAACGGAAGCCAACAUAAUGGGGAUUAAUUAGUUGAUUGCUGUUGAGAUGGUAACAGACUUGCCCCUGUACCAUUGAGCCAGCGAUUUCAGACCUAGCAGGGAAGGUGAAGAUGAAGAAGCCUUUGUUCAGGUUUCUAGAUCCGUGGGGCUGAAGGCUUUGCCGCCAUUGGAUGUCAACAGUCAUAACAAUAAUUUGCACUUUUAUAGCACCUUUCAACCAGGCACCUCAAAGCGGUUUAACCACAUUAAUUAAUUAAAGCUCACAAUCCCCCUGUGGAGAGGAGGAGGAUGACUAAGAGGAUUUGUAAUUACAGGAGGGAACAUUUCCGAAUAAAGUAUUGUCCAACAAAUAAAAAGUAGGUGUAAAGGAAUUGGGGUCUCCAAAGAGUAACUGAUUCAGAAAUUAAAUCAUGCAAAGAUGGGGGAGGCUGGGAGUGGGCAUGGGCGUGGCUCUUGUGUCAAAGGGAGGUCGAUGGUCUCUGAAUUCACUGACAGAUUUGGAUCCAACCAAGAAGCGUAGCAUGUAUGGUAUU